CAAACGUUAUUGCAAAUUCAGCAACUUUUUCCAUUCCCAGUGGUAAAAUUUGGUGGGUUUGGUCUGCUACACCUUCUAACAUUUUUACGUGCAAUGCAAUAUAUUCGAAUUCAACCACUUUUAAUAGUACGUGUGGUUCUGCUCUCAAUCUUGUACCUUCUGCGACCGGUUAUUCUGCAUUUAAAUUCUUUAUGUGGUCAUUUAACAGCAAAACUACGCCAGUACUCGACCCAAACACCUUUAAAACCGUGAAUUCAAUCAGCAGCUGUUCAGAUCUUCCAUGCGGUUGUGGUCCUGCGGCAGCUUCAUUCAACCAGUAUUAUGUUUUAGCGAUACAGAAUAACAAUGCGUUCUCCGUCGAUUUGCAACUCGACGUCUCCUGGGAUAUGGACUGUGGUCAAUCUAAUACUGGUAAUUCCACAACUAGCGGAUCUGGUGAUCCUACUAGUCCAACCAAUAGUAAUCCUACCAGUCCGAGCACUAGUAGUUCUGGUAAUCCUAGUUCUACAAACGGUAGUUCUGGUAACCCUAGUUCUACGAAUGGUAGUUCUGUUAAUUCUAACAGCAGUGGCAUAACAUAUUUAAUAUCCCUGGUAACAAUGGUUGUCUUUUUAUGGAAUUAG